AUGACCAACAAAUAUGUAUUGAUAACCAAACCUCCAUAUCCAAAUCUACCUGGUAAAAAGAAGGGUCAGAAGAAGAAUUAUGAUCGGAUCAAAGGGAAAAAUGAAUCACCGAAGAAAAAGAAAAAGGAACUAAAGAAGAAGAAGCCAAAGAAGAAUAUGGGUGAGAGCAAAAAUGAUCCAGACAAACUCGGAAGGCAAGGGAGAAUUAUGCAUUGUAGCAAGUGUGGUGUAGCAGGUCACAAUUCAGCUGGAUGUCCUACAUUUCCAAAAGAAAAUGAGGAAAAGAAGGAAAAGAAGGAAAAAAAGGAAAAAAAGAGUAAGAGUAGUAAGCAGAGAACAAAGUUUUNCAAACCUCCAUAUCCAAAUCUACCUGGUAAAAAGAAGGGUCAGAAGAAGAAUUAUGAUCGGAUCAAAGGGAAAAAUGAAUCACCGAAGAAAAAGAAAAAGGAACUAAAGAAGAAGAAGCCAAAGAAGAAUAUGGGUGAGAGCAAAAAUGAUCCAGACAAACUCGGAAGGCAAGGGAGAAUUAUGCAUUGUAGCAAGUGUGGUGUAGCAGGUCACAAUUCAGCUGGAUGUCCUACAUUUCCAAAAGAAAAUGAGGAAAAGAAGGAAAAGAAGGAAAAAAAGGAAAAAAAGAGUAAGAGUAGUAAGCAGAGAACAAAGUUUGAUGGGGCUGGUCCAUCAACAUUUCAAGCAGCAGAGACAAUCACACUUUCACAGGGACCACACACACUCACACAAUAA